AAACCACCCUCUGACCUGGUCCUGCAGUCAUGGGAAAGGUCGAGAGCAAGCACCCAGACCCAGACAUCCCCAAGAUAAUCGCUGCCUGGUGGAAGACUAUCGAAAAGAAGCCACAACGACCAACCCUGAUCAUUCCCAAUGUCCACUUCACGUUCCCCACGCUGUGGGGGAGCCGAGGUGACAGCCCACCAACCCCGGACUACAGCCCCACUGUAUUCUCCACCCUGUGGAGGACCCACGAGACCCCCAACAAUUUUGUCCCCCACUUCAGUGACAGCGUGGGUCGGGCUGCAGCCAGGACCCAGGAGUACCUUCUGUUCGUGGACCCGGAGGGCAAGUUCAAGCCCAGCCCGGCGGCCCUUGGCGAGGUCUUCCUGAUGACCUACGUCUCCCGGAGCAGCCAUCUCCACAUGACCGACUCCUUCAACUGCACUGCCAUGACCAAGCAGCAGCGGGUCCUGCUGGGGGCUGACUGGGUGUGGGCCGUGCUGGAGAGGCCCACUAAGAACCCCUGCAUCCAGAUCGCCGUGCAGAUCCUGCACCUGUCCGAGAAUGACAGGGGGCUGGCCGAGGAGCACCCAGAGGUCUGCGCCGAAUCCAUGGAGAUGGCCAAGAUGGAGUCCGCCAAUAGGAACAAGGCGGAGAGGAUGGUGGAUUUCUGCGCCUCCGUCGGUAGGGACUGCUAUGCCCUCUUCCUUCUGUUCGGUCGCAAGGGCGACCCGGGCAACAUUUACGGGGUGCUGAGCAACAAUUUUAGCGCGGCGACAGGGAGGACGAAGAUCAACCGGGCGCUCAUUGAGAAUUUCUUUAAAGGGUCCCGGUACUUGCACACGCCCGCUGGAAUGCUGCAGGCCAUCAUCACCAAGAGACCUGGGGACCCUUUAACUCUGCUCAUCAAGUUCACCUGACCCGCGUGGGAAUGACCUCGCCACCACGUCACAUUACAGGUGUCUGGAUUUACUGCAGCGUUUUGAAUAAGGGGAGGAGACUAGAGAUUGGCGGCUUCGUGCUUGACUUGGGACUCAGGGACCCGGUCUGCUGAAAAUGUUCUUUUGGGGACUAUGGAUCUGUGCCUGUUCAUAGCUGCUCACACGUGACUUAACACUUAACACUGGCAACGCAUCAUGCAUAUGUCUACCCAGUGACAGUUUGGAUUACAUUGACAUAGCUACUCUAAUAUGACAUUUCUGACAGACUUUAUUACAUCGUUAGUACCGUUAACUCAGGAGAAUUAGAAUUAUGAUUAAGUCAAAGAUGGUUCAUUUGAUUAUGGUCUUUUUAUUUAUUUUUUAAGUCCACCGAAAAAAAGAAAUCACUACAACUGUGUUUCAGAAAAUGUAUGAAAUGCGUAUUUCUGGAUGUCUUAGGUAUCUUGUUUAGAAAAGGAUGCUAUAUGUUGAGGAUUGUGCUCAGUGGUGAGUACUGUAGCAUAAGGAAAACAAAGGUAUUUCAGUUUUAAAAUACACAUUUUUAGAUUGUAGUGAAGUACAAAGGGUAAAAAACUAUUUUGAUUAGAAGUGAUUAUGUAAAGAUGGCUUUAAUGUGUAAUGAAAUCAAAUAAAACACUCACAAGCUUUAGAUUCAGAACUUAGCCAGAAAAAUACUUAAUGAAACAGUUUAAACAAUCCUAAAGUGAACCAACCUUUUACAGUCUCUCUCACACAAGGUCACACAGGUCUAAACUGCUCUUUUAACAUGUAACAUACAAAUAUGACAAUAUCUUGAA